AUGGCGAAGCCAAGGCUCAUUAUCCUCAUCAGACAUGCCCAGUCUGAGGGCAACAAGAACCGCGAAAUCCACCAGACGAUCCCCGAUCACCGCGUGAAACUGACCCAAGAUGGCUGGCAACAAGCAUACGACGCCGGUCGGCGCCUGCGCAAGCUGCUGCGCGCCGACGACACACUGCACUUCUUCACCUCCCCGUACAGGCGCACCCGCGAGACGACCGAAGGCAUCCUCUCAACACUGACGUCGGAUGACGAAGAUCCCUCGCCCUUCAAGCGCUCUAACAUUAAGGUCUACGAAGAACCACGCUUGCGUGAGCAGGAUUUUGGUAAUUUCCAGCCCUGCUCUGCUGAGAUGGAGCGGAUGUGGCAGGAGCGCGCUGACUACGGCCACUUUUUCUACCGUAUCCCCAAUGGCGAGAGUGCCGCAGAUGCCUAUGACAGAGUUAGUGGCUUCAACGAGAGUCUAUGGCGCCAGUUUGGGGAAGACGAUUUCGCUAGCGUUUGCGUGCUUGUCACCCACGGUCUUAUGUCCCGUGUCUUCCUGAUGAAGUGGUAUCACUUCACCGUGGAGUACUUCGAAGACCUCCGUAACGUUAACCACUGCGAGUUCCUCAUCAUGCGCAAGCAAGAAGAAAGCAGCAAAUACCUCCUUGAGAACAAACUCCGCACGUGGUCUGAAUUGCGUAAGGAACGAGCCCAACUCAAGGACAAGGAUGAGAAAGGAAAGUCCGAAGUGGAGGGGAAUCAAGAGAGGCCGACGAAGGAUGUUAAGGCGUCUAGCCUACUGGAGCGCAGUAAGACCUUCAUUGUGACGCGUCGAUGGGGUGGCUGUCCUAACGGAUGCAACCACAAAAGCCACUAUCAGAAACGCGAAGAUUUAGAGGCUCUCCGCCAGCGAGACGAGUCCGCUGCCAACGGUAACGGGAUUACCAAUGGCCACUCCCGCCAUCAAUCACCGGCGCCGGGCCGGAGACCGAAGCGAUGCGACCAGAGUUACAGCUCCGAUGAGGACAAUGGCAAUCGACCGCCCCAGAUCGACGUUACCCGAUCACGCCAAGAGGUGGUAUCAUCUCCCGACGGGACCCCUUCCUUUAUCUCCGCCGAAGACCGUCUCCGCAGCAUGAUCUCACCUCAUCUCUACGUUGGUCGGGAUUUUGGAGGCACGUUCUCUGGACAGACGUCGAUUGCAGGUAGCGAUACCGACUCAUCUGAGGAGGAAGGCCACAGACCACAGAUCGCAUCCAUUACGACCAAAGUGAAGAUCGCAACUAUUACCGCCAUGGACAGCAACGGCAUCAAUGGCACUAACGGAAGCAUUAACGGCGUUGUCAACGCUAAUACGAACGGGGGCACAGCACCGUCGAACAAUGGAAACGAAUCGUUAGACAAAGAUGGCAUGCGGCGAGGAGCGCGCGCGAACCGCCUUGGUGACGCCCACAGUAGUGACUUAGGCUCUGAGGUGGACGAGGAUGACUUAGCGCGCGCCGAAAAGGCGGACAAGAGCAUUGAGGGAAGUGUUUAUUAG